AAAAAAAUGGGGUCUCCAAUGGCCUCUAUAGUCGCAACCCUCCUUGUGGUAACUCUAUCUUUUGCUUUUCCUUCUCAAACCUUAGGUGACUACUAUAAGUACUCAUCUCCUCUGCCUCCGAAGAAACCUUACCUCUACAAAUCUCCUCUUCCGCCGAAAAAAUCUUAUGUAUACAAAUCUCCUCCUCCUCCUCCGCUGUCUAAAAAGCCAUAUGUCUACAAGUCUCCACCACCGCCAAAGAAAUCUUACCUCUACAAGUUUCCUCCUCCCCCUCCUCUUCCAACCUAUAAAUCUCCGCAACCUCCACAGAAGUAUUAUGAAUACGAAUCUCCACUGUCACCACCAAAGAAACAAUAUGAAUACAAAUCUCUACCUCCACCACCGUCAAAAAAACGUUAUGAAUAUAAAUCUCCACCUCCACCCCCACCAAAGAAGCAUUAUGAAUACAAAUCACCACCUCCAUCUCCACCACCACCAAAGAAGUAUUAUGGAUAUAAAUCUCCUCCACCACCACCGGUCUACAAGUCACCGCCACCACCAAAAAAGCAAUAUGAAUACAAGUCUUCUCCUCCUCCUAAAAAGUAUUAUCAAUACAAGUCUCCGCCACCGCCACCUUAUUACUAAGUAAAAGAUCAUGCAUACAUAAGUGGAUGCCGGAGAAGUUCAGAGCUCUUGUCAGAUAUAUCCACUUUGAGAAUAAAACUGGGGGACCAUAUAUGUUUCCCCUUUUGAAAGCUAUCGACCGUGGCUGGAGACACUUUCCAUAUUUGGUA